GUACCUGUAGAUUUUCUCCCUCGUUUGUUUUUGGUAGAUGCGCCAUCUGUAUGUGGUAGUAGAUGGUUUGAGAACAAUGGAGGAUCAAGAUCUAAAGCCCAAUAGGUUGACUUGUACUAUACAGUUGUUGGAAUACUUUGUAGAAGAAUAUUUUGAUCAAAAUCCUAUCAGUCAGAUUGGAAUAAUUGUAACUAAGAGUAAAAGAGCUGAAAAACUGACUGAACUCUCAGGAAAUCCCAGGAAACACAUAACGUCUUUGAAGAAAGCUGUAGAUAUGACCUGUCAUGGAGAACCAUCUCUCUAUAAUUCCUUAAGCAUGGCUAUGCAAACCCUGAAACACAUGCCUGGACAUACAAGUAGAGAAGUACUAAUCAUCUUUAGUAGCCUUACAACCUGUGAUCCGUCUAAUAUUUAUGAUCUCAUCAAGACCCUGAAGGCAGCUAAAAUUAGAGUGUCUGUUAUUGGAUUGUCUGCAGAGGUUCGAGUUUGCACUGUACUUGCUCGUGAAACUGGUGGCACAUACCAUGUUAUUUUAGAUGAAGUCCAUUACAAAGAGCUGCUGACCCAUCAUGUUAGCCCUCCCCCUGCCAGCUCCAGCUCCGAGUGCUCACUCAUUCGUAUGGGUUUCCCUCAGCACACCAUUGCUUCUUUGUCUGAUCAGGAUGCAAAACCAUCCUUUAGCAUGGCGCAUUUGGAUAAUAGCACUGAGCCAGGACUUACACUGGGAGGCUAUUUCUGCCCACAGUGUCGAGCAAAGUACUCUGAGCUUCCUGUGGAGUGUAAAAUAUGUGGUCUUACUUUGGUGUCUGCUCCUCACUUGGCACGAUCUUACCAUCAUUUAUUUCCUUUGGAUGCUUUUCAAGAAGUUUCCCUGGAAGAUUAUAAAGGAGAAAGAUUUUGUUAUGGAUGUCAGGGGGAGUUGAAAGACCAACAUGUCUACGUUUGCACAGUGUGCCGGAAUGUUUUCUGUGUGGACUGUGAUGUUUUUGUUCAUGACUCUCUCCACUGUUGUCCUGGCUGUAUUCAUAAGAUCCCAAUUCCUGCAGGUAUUUGAUUGCAAUAUAUAGGACACACACUGAGUGUGUUAAGAAAUUUUGUAACUGUAAAUAAAAUGAUUUUUUUUGAAUAAACCAAUUCUCUAAUUAAAACAUGAAAA